GCUGUGCAUGUCGGACGUGCUGCAUCGGGUGAGCUGCGCAGUGUGCAUCGGGUGAGCGUGAGGGAGGGCGGCUGCUUCUGGUGGCAUGCUGUAGCUUCACUCUGUCUUGCAUACAUCUGCCUCAAGAUCCUCCAAUCAGCAGAAGGCCCUUUUCCUGCAGCGGACGGCAUUGUCUUUCUCCCGGCUGCAAGCUCUGUGACUAGUGGCAGUUAUCCUGCAACCUUCAUACCUGAAUCUGGGAUUUUUGGGGUCGUUACGAUGGCUAAGUACUUGAAGAUAUACAAAAUGAAUUGGCAGCAGAUCCUACGCAAUGUGGGCGGCUUGGUUAAGCAAGGCGGCCCGCUGUAUCCAGAACCGGUGUGGUACGAGCCGGCACUUUCAGUGGCUCCUCGCCCGGAACAGAACAAGUUCAAAAAACCUCCACGGCCGCCCCAGAUUGUUCUUCCGGAGGAUGAGCAUGUCAAGGCGUUCUACAAAAUGUUUCCAGAGGAGCAGAAUUACACUACGCAUUACAGUUAUGGCCCUGGCGCCACCCUCGCAACCAUACCCCCCGCCAGGAUAUUUGCUCACCGGGUUCUCGACUUAUUGAGAAACGAUUACGAUUUGCCGACCGCUUAUGAGAUAGCAGUGGACGAACACGAAGUACGACAAGAGUUUGGGAGCGACGCAGCCUUCCGGGAGGCUCUGGAGCGGAUGAAGUACGGGGGCUCGGAAGACACGGAAGAGGUCAAUGCAUCUGGUUAUGAAGACGAAGAAGAUGAAACAGAGUAUACGGAAGGAGACGAAGCAGAGGUUUUGGAAUCUCAAAGAGAGUACCCAAAUGACGAGGGCGACUAUCCGGACGAGGAGGUGGAGUAUCCGGACAAAGAAUUUGAGUAUCCGGACAACGAAGGAGACCAUACAGAGGGGAACCAGGUAGCACAGAAUGGGGCUCGGACUUUGACAACGGAUUCGAGACAAUAGCCUUUCUACAGAUUUGUCAAAACGACCCCUGUUGACAGCACCGGUCCAUGCUCUUACUCGUGACCUGGGGGCAAGGCGGCAAUAUGUUUUGGAGUCGUUUGAAUUCAUUGGGUACUGGUAAUUCUCAAUCAUCAAUCACGACUUAUGGGGUUCGCUCUUAGUAGAUCUAGUUGGUCAGAACGUAUGCGAGGCCUGGGCAGCGCCGGGAUCCUUCUC